GCAGCAGCUCGGGCCGGAAGGAGGUCGGUGCCAGUCCGGUUCGUCUCCACUCACAUCUUUUAAUCUUGAAGACUGUAGAAUACACCUGGAUCUACCACUUUUUUGGAAAAUUUCCCUACCAAGCAAUAAGUUACCCACUGUGCUCUUAUAGUAUAGAAGCUUUUGAGUUCUCUAAAUCUAAACAAGAUUUCCUUCUGUUUUCCCAUGAAGCCACAUUGUUGCUUAUUCAUUUUAGUGGUGAGUGUUGUUGUGCCAGCUGCUUUUGUUUUGGAAGAUGUGGACUUCAACCAAAUGGCCCCGCUGGGAGAAAAUCAUAGUUCUUACAAUGCUUCAUUUCCCUCAAUCUUUGAACUCUCACCAAGUUCCCACUCAGGUGAUGAUGUCAUCAUAGCCAAAGAGGGAACUAGUGUUUCAAUGGAGUGUCUUCUCACCGCUGGUCACUACGAAGAUGUCCAUUGGUACAACUCAAAAGGACAGCAACUGGAUGGCAGAGGCAGAGGUGGAAAAUGGUUGAUUUCUGAUAACUUCCUAAACAUCACCAACGUAGCCUUUGAUGACCGCGGGCUCUAUACGUGUUUCGUCACCUCUCCAACUCGUGCCUCCUACUCUGUCACCCUACGUGUUAUCUUCACCUCGGGAGACAUGAGUGUGUAUUACAUGAUUGUUUGCCUGAUUGCCUUUACAAUCACUCUCAUCUUGAAUGUCACACGGCUGUGCAUGAUGAGCAGCCAUCUUCGCAAGACCGAGAAGGCCAUCAACGAAUUCUUUAGAACUGAAGGGGCUGAGAAACUUCAGAAGGCCUUUGAGAUUGCAAAACGCAUCCCCAUCAUCACCUCAGCCAAAACUCUGGAGCUCGCCAAAGUGACACAAUUCAAGACCAUGGAGUUUGCGCGUUACAUUGAAGAACUGGCAAGAAGCGUUCCUCUUCCACCCCUUAUUCUUAACUGUCGAGCUUUUGUGGAGGAAAUGUUUGAGGCUGUGCGAGUGGAUGACCCUGAUGACAUGGGAGAAAGAAUUAAAGAGAGACCUGCUUUGAAUGCUCAAGGUGGCAUAUAUGUCAUUAACCCAGAGAUGGGGCGGAGUAAUUCGCCAGGAGGAGAUUCAGAUGAUGGCUCCCUGAAUGAACAAGGCCAGGAGAUAGCAGUUCAGGUUUCUGUCCACCUUCAGUCAGAGACCAAAAGUAUUGAUACAGAUUCUCAAGACAGCAGUCAUUUCAGCUCACCUGAUGAUACGGGAUCUGCCGAAUCUAAUUCUAACUACAAAGAUGGAACAUACGAAAACUGUCAACUGUAAGCUAUCCCAGUACCUACAAAAACAACUCACAGAAAAGGAACCUGUUUCUUGGAAAAAACAACAUUCUUACCAAAAGAUGACUGGGGUUUUCCGUUUGUUAAUAUUAAGCACAUGAGAACAUGAAUUGCCAAAAUCUUUGUAAAAAUGCAGUGAUUUUCCUAUCUGGUAUUUCUCAGUCAAUUUCCCUGAGCUUGAAUAAAUGAUGCAUGUUAAGAUUUAAAGGAGCCUGAGAGAUAAACAUGAUAGGAAAAGUACUGAACUCUGAGAGUCCCAUGGUUUCUCUUCUGGUCACAGAUCUUCCGUUGGUGAGGUCUGACACUUAGCUUGAGGCCUCAGUUUUCCGAUCAGUAAGAUGCAGGAUUUGCAUUAGAGGAGAUCUGAAGUGGUUUCUAGCCCAGUAACUUCUUACCCAUUACCUUUAAACCACCAAAAUCUUCAGCAUAUCUCCAAGUAAACCUUUCCCUGGACUUUUGGUCCUUUCUUUUAGAAAGAAUCAAGCUUAAACUUUAGUCUGUGAUCCAGAUUUCCACACCAGUGCUAUAACGUGCAGAGGUACGAGUGUUUUUCAGACGUUUUGCCUUGUGGAGUGUCCAGUGAUACAUCCUAGGUUGAAUCUCUUCAACUUAGCACGUCUGUAUUGUUAUACAGAUAUCAAGGAGCUAACUGCUCUUUUGUAAACCACUUUCCAUGAGUAAAUUAGUCCUUCUUGGGAGCAUGUCAUGUCUUUUUAACUUUCUGAGACAUCAUUUAGUUCAUUGAGGCUGGCAGUGAUUUCCCAACUGAUCUCCUGAAGGGAGCAAUUUGUUCCUAAGGAAUAAUGUCUUUGAUGCUUUUUAGAAAAAGAACAAUGUCAAGUCAUCUGUCUCUGGCAAAUCAUGGAUCUUGAUGUUUCUGUUAAUAGAAUUUCUCAGGCUUUCCUUUUUUAAAAGUAUUGGACUCUACAAGUGAGUUCUAUCUUUGGGAUCCCAUUCUAGGAUAAAACCCAGAGCUGGAUUCCUCCUUAGACCUCUGUCAACACUCUUACCCUCUGUGUUCUUAAAUACGGUGCUAACGGUUGAAUGCUUCCUAAUCUUGUUUGUUUAUAUUUUGUUGUUAAGGUUUUUAUUUUUGUGUAUUUCAGAUACAUAAUGCUGAACUAGGGCUGCUUUUGUGGCCUUUCUGAGAAGCGCUUACCUGAAAUAAGAUUAGAUAACCUGAGAGUAUGUCACCAUAUUAAAAUACACCCACACACACACACACACACACACACACACACACACACACAUGAUCUAGACAUAAAAAAGGAGAAAAAUGAUGGAAGAUGCCAUGUGGUUCAACUGUGUGUAAUAAACACUUAAGAUGGCAUUUCUUGCCUGGAUGAGAUAGGCUAUGAUGGAAUUGUAAAUACUCAUCAGAACAAUUUUGUCAGCUACAGGAAGCUUGGUGCCAUAUAAUUUUAAGAACUUAGCAGUGGAGCUCCAUUUGGGGCUUCACAUUUCUUCAUUUGACUUCUGAUUGAACUAGAGGCACCUGAAGGAAAUGUUCAGGGGAGGUUUUAUCAGGAUUUUAAUUUAAGGUUUCAAACAGAGGAAGACAGGAAAUCCAACGUGUGACCAGAUAGAACUUAGGCCUUUCUUUGUCAGGCUUAUCAGAAGUAAUGUGUCUGCUCUGGAUAGCAUGAAUGAAUCAAUGUGCAGUUUUAUCAGAUGGCAUUACAGAUAAAGUGAUAAUGCUGCCUUUUCUCUCUCUCAGGCUGUUUCCAUGGAAACCUCCAGAGCCAAACAAAAGCUAACCAAUCAUUUAGCCAAUGCUUGCCUUGCCUCAUAGACCACUGUUUCUUUAAGGAAAACUGUUUUCUUGUAUUUGGCUAUGAAAGCAAGGGCUCUUGAACAUAUCCUAAAGUAUAUAGAAUACAUUUUCCCUUCUCACAAUGUUUCUCUUAAAAAAGUAAAAAUUUUUUAAAUCCCUUGUCUAAGGUCAGUCCCCUGGGCAUCCCUUAGAGCUUCAGAUAGUACCUUUAACCCUGUCAUAACAUAUUAGGUUUGGGAUCAUCUCUUAGGAAGUCACUUUUCACAUUAAAGAGAACAGUUUUACCCUACUUGUUCUCAUAAGAGACAUUAGUGUUUGGAACCCUAAGAUAGACAUAUUUAAUCAUCAAAGUUCUGGGAAACAGAACUUUGAAAAAAUAUAGGAAAUACUUUUUAAAAUCUGAGUUUGCACAAAUAAUAUACAAUAAUUAAAUACAGUCUACUCCAUUGUAUCCUGGAUAAAUUAUUUUAGAAACAUAAUGGUGACCUAAUUUAGUGGCCAAAGUAACUUGUUUACUUUGAAUGUUCCAGUUUAUGGUGCCAUUGAUAAGGAAUUAAUGUAGGUCAAAAUUUAAUUGAACUUGGUAUUAUUUUGUAAAGCUAGUUUUCAAGAAGAAAACCAUACUUAAUAUUUCUGUAUCUAAUCAAAUACUCUUCGUAUAUAGUUAACAGUCUCAUGUUAUCUUUUUGUUAAAUCCUUAACCUUUUGAACUUAAACUACAAAGUCUUUUGACAAUAACUAUAGUGUAAUUAUCUUUUUGUCUCACUGGAUUUUGUAGUUAGUGAAAAAUGCCUUUACCCAAAAAAAAAAUGUAUUUAAAAUAGUUCUGUCAUCGCAUUUGUAAAUUUUAUCUUGUAUUGUGAUUUCAUGAACCUUACUGCCCUUAUGAAAUGGUAGCUUUGUGAAAUACAUUUACCAAAAAUCAA